ACCGCGGCCCCCUGGGCGGGGCUUCCUGGCGUCCCCGUAUGCCCGUCGCCUCCAGGAAUUAGGAAAGGGCAAUGGGAGUUCAAGGACUUUGGAAACUGCUUGAAUGCACUGGGAGACCUAUAAACCCAGAAACGCUAGAAGGGAAAAUUCUUGCUGUUGAUAUCAGUAUUUGGUUGAACCAGGCAAUAAAGGGAGCCAGAGAUCAUCGUGGUAAUUCUAUACAAAAUGCUCACCUCCUCACUCUGUUCCAUCGCCUCUGCAAGUUACUGUUUUUUCGCAUUCGGCCUGUCUUUGUUUUUGAUGGAGAGCCACCGCUUCUGAAGAGACAAACCUUGGCUAAGCGAAGACAAAGAAAAGAAUUGGCAGGCAGCGAUUCCAGAAAAACUACAGAAAAGCUCUUGAAAACGUUUUUGAAGAGACAAGCUAUCAAAACUGCUCUAACAGGCAAAAGCAAUGAAGCUUUGCCUAGUAUUACACAAGUUCGAAGAGAAGAAAUUGAUGAUAUAUAUGUAUUGCCUUCUUUAGAGCAGGAAGAGAAGAAUAGCUCAGAAGAAGAAGAUGAAAGAGAAUGGCAAGAGAGAAUGACUCAAAAGAAGAUGCUGCAGGAAGAAUUACUUGAAAAUCCUCAUUCUGUAGAUAUUGAAUCAGAGGACUUCAACAGUUUGCCUCCAGAAGUAAAACAUGAAAUUUUGACUGAUAYGAAAGAAUUUACAAAGCGAAAAAGAACAUUAUUUGAAGUAAUGCCAGAGGAGUCAAAUGACUUUUCCCAGUAUCAGCUUAGGGGUUUGCUUAAGAAAAGCAGCCUCAAUCGACACAUAGAAAAUGUAGAAAAAGAAUUGAAUCAGCAGCACUCAGGUCAAAUACAAACACAAUAUGAAAAUGAAGGUGGUUUUGUGAAAGAAGUGGAAGCUAAGAGAGUAGUCUCUGAAGAUACUUCUCACUAUAUCCUAAUAAAAGGUAUUCAAGCAAAAGAAGCUASUGGUAGAGAUUUGGAAACUGCUGAGGCACACUCAUCAAAAAGGCUAGAGUUUGCUAACUCUAAUAAAAAAAUCAAUGAGUCUCCUGCUAGCACAAACCCAGCUGAGUCUGAGAAGUUGCAGAUGGAAAAAGAAAACAAUGUGAACAAUGUGGUAACAGCACCAGCAUCUCCCCAGACUUUGCUUGCUAUUGAGGCAGCCAUGAUAGAAAGCGGCUCGGAAGAGGAACUGGGGGAUGAACAUAAAGGAGUAUUGAGUGUGGAUCGGCCUGGAUCAGAGGAGGGCAGUGUAUCUCCUAGAACUCUGCGGGCAAUUCAGCAAGCUCUGAGUGACGAUGAUAAAAGGGUGGAAGUCCUUGCCUCUAAAACUGAUGGAGUGACAACAGCAAGAGCAGAAGUGAAGGAUUUUCUCCUUAGUAGUUCAGAUGAGGAUGAUGAGAUUCCUAAAGUUAAGGAGGGAAAAAAAUUACCUGCAUCUACAAUUCGUCCACCAAACCAAGUGAUUUUGCAAGAUUCUGAAUUAAGAGAGAAGAGUCACGAGUUCAAGGAGGUUCAUAUUGCACCUGAAGACAUCAGUAUUUCCAGAACUGAAAAUUCAUCUUUUGUUGAUGAUACUAAAAAAAGAAAGAGUGAUGUAGACAAAGAAGAAAAUGCUUCCAAAAUAAAUCUAUGUGCUUUGGAAGAUAAAAGUAUAAGUAUGURUAUGCAGAACCCAAGUUCUUCCCCUGUACAGACAAGUGCACAAGUUUUGAUUCAGGCUGAAACAACAGGCCUUUCUGAAAAAGAAGGAAAACUUAAAAUUUACAAAGAUACAGAGCCAGUAAAUUCAAAACCAGAAAAUAAUGUAUCUGAGGUACAAAAGGAAAUUAGCCAUUUUCCAGAAGCAGAAGGUCCUCACAAGGAACAAGUCGAAGGGACAUCACAGUCUGAAGACAGUGAUUCUGGUGGAAGCUUUAUUGAAGUGGAAAGUGAUGUCAGUAGCGAGGCUGAACUUUCUACUGAAUAUGAUGAGAAACUGGGUGAUAAAACAGAACUUACAGAAACGGAGAAAGAGAAACAUGAUAUCACUGAGGACACAGCAGAGGGACCUGCUGAAAUGCAGCUGACAAACCAUCAGACUGUUGAAAGCCAAGGUGAUGGUAAAGAUGCGGUGAAUGAGUGGCAAGACAUCAGUUUGGAGGAACUGGCAGAGCUGGAAAAUGAUCUUUCUGCUGAACAAAAUAUGCUUCAGACUCAAAAGCAGCAGCAGGAACGUGUUGCUGCUUCAGUAACAGGACAGAUGUUCUUGGAAAGUCAGGAACUUCUCCGUCUGUUCGGCAUCCCGUAUAUUGAAGCUCCAAUGGAAGCAGAGGCCCAGUGUGCCAUCCUGGACCUUACUGAUCAGACCUCGGGGACAAUCACUGAUGACAGUGAUGUUUGGCUGUUUGGUGCACGGCACGUUUAUAAAAAUUUCUUCAGCCAGAACAAAUAUGUGGAAUAUUAUCAGUAUGUUGAUUUUCAGAACCAGCUAGGGUUGGAUCGAAACAAGUUGAUUAAUUUGGCAUACUUGCUUGGAAGUGAUUACACUGAAGGCAUCCCAAAUGUUGGGUUUGUAACAGCAAUGGAGAUUUUAAAUGAAUUUCCUGGUCAUGGAUUGGAACCUCUCCUAAAAUUCACUGAGUGGUGGACUGAAGCACAGAAGGAGAAGAAACUGCGGCCAAAUCCUCAUGAUACCAGAGUGAAGAAGAAGCUGCGGGACCUGAAGCUUUCCUCAGGCUUCCCAAACCCAGCCGUGGCAGAGGCCUAUCUGAAACCUGUGGUGGAUGAGACAAGGGGCUCGUUCAUCUGGGGCAAGCCCGAUGUGGAGCAGAUCAGAGAAUUUUGUAAGGAUCACUUUGGCUGGACUAGAACAAAGAUAGAUGAAGUCCUUUUGCCUGUGCUAAAACAGCUGAACUCACAACAGACUCAGCUUCGAAUAGAUUCGUUUUUCAGGCUGGCCCAGCACGACAAGCAAGCCAUAAAGAGCCAGCGACUUCGCCGAGCUGUGACUUGCCUGAAGAGAAAGGAAAAAGAGGAGGAAGAUAAUGAAAUUCAGGCGGCUACUGCGCUUAUGGAGGAUGAGCUUAAGCAGCAUGAGGAAGGGAAAGGGAAAAGUCCUGGGGAUUGCUCAGAUCACCAAGCAACAGGACGAAUGAAGAGAAAGAAAUACUCAGAUUCCCAAAGGGAACGUUUAUAUGGAGGUGGUUUUAUUGGGAGUUUGCAUCUUUCGGAAGCCUCUAGCGACUCCUCAGUAGAGGAACUGGAAAGCGGGAAUUUAGACAAGAGCAAGAGGAGGAAAACUGUGUCUAAAGUGGAGACAGCCAGUCCUAGUGAGAAAAAGGGGUACAGCAGCUCAAGUGGCGACGAUGAAGAAGUGGGAAACAUCGUCCUGGUGACGGCCAAGCCUGUGUUUGAGGGCAAGACCCGUAAAUCGCAGAGUAGGAGAGGAAGAAAAAAGAAGAAGUCUUAAACAAAAAAAGUUUUAAAGAGACUGAGGGUGCAGGGCUAUGACUUAAAAUUGUACA